GAUGGCGUCAUUACGGCCCCUGCGUCUAAUGGCUGAACAACAACAACCGUCUGAGAGCGACAAACUUUCGCCAACUUCUACAAAGACAAAGGAAAGUUGGGAGUAACUCGUCGUUUCUGCUGGGCGACACUUGACACGCGUUUGUUUGCGUUCCCUGUGCCCACAAAUGUGGAGUUACUGAUGGAUCCGCGAUAUGACAUGCCCCGGAGGGCCGCCGGUGCUGGCGGGGGCUCCUCGAACUCGUCCCCCGCUCUGGGGGCUCAGUCGCGCCGGCGGAAAAUGCCUCCGAGACCCGCUGACUUUAAACUUCAAAUUAUCAUUAUCGGCUCCCGCGGCGUCGGUAAAACCAGCCUGAUGGAGAGAUACACCGACGACACGUUCUGCGAAGCGUGCAAGUCGACCGUAGGCGUUGACUUCAAAAUCAAAACAGUUGAGCUUAGAGGGAAAAAGAUCCGACUGCAGAUUUGGGACACAGCUGGCCAGGAGAGGUUCAACAGCAUCACAUCAGCCUACUACAGAGGAGCCAAGGGAAUAGUGUUAGUGUAUGAUAUCACAAAGCAGGAGACCUUUGAUGACCUCCCCAAAUGGAUGAAGAUGAUAGACAAGUACGCCUCAGAGGAAGCAGAGCUCCUCCUGGUCGGGAACAAGCUGGACUGCGAGACUGAUCGUAUCAUCUCCAGACAGCAGGGAGAAAGGUUUGCCUCUAGAAUAAGCGGAAUGCGCUUCUGCGAAGCUAGUGCCAAGGAUAACUUUAACGUGGAUGAGAUCUUCCUGAAGCUUGUCGAUGACGUUCUUAGCAAGAUGCCUCUGGAGCUUCCUAACAAGGAGCUUUCCAACAGUGUCCUGUCUCUGCAGCCCGAACCAGAAGUGCCUCCAGAGUUGCCCCCUCCCCGUUUUCGCUGUUGCUGAGAGUGGUCCCCUGUCCUUUACACACACACACACACACACACACACACACACACACACACACACACACACACACACACACACACACACACACACACACACACACACACACACACACACACACAUGUUCAUGCAAAUCACCAGUCUGACCAGCAGGGGGCAGCACACAGCAGCAGUUUAGUAGCUCUGACUACUGCUGUUCAGAUGCAUGGACUCUUUUAACAACCAGUAUUAUGUCUUCUCCUGUUUUGUAACAGCACACCGUGAAAUGUAGCCCCGGUCAGUCCCCCACGUUCCCCGACAGCUCUGUCAACACUUUACCCUGACUACCUCAAUCCUCGGACCGUCAGGCACUGUGCCCCGCACGUGCCUCGGAGGUAGCGAGCCCUCUGGUAGUAGCUGCACAUUUUGUAAGGAGGGCCUUAAAAAGUAAAUUACAGGCACCUUAAACUACGUUUGACAUUGUCGAAGUUCCUCCAACAUUUAUAUUGUUAUAAAUAGAUUUUCCAUGUAAUAGAAAAUAUGAAUCACUACAUCUCACAUCAGCUUAGUUUAAAUGAUGGGUCUACAGCAGGUACAGUAGUUUUCUCUUUUUAUAAAAGGCUAUUACUGACUUGAGCUAAACAAAAGCACAUGAUGUAAAUAUGGUGUGUUGCUGCAAUGACUGGACAAGGUGCAGAUAUGGAUAGGUGGUUGUGUGAUGCUGGUGAUAUCAGUUUGUACUUCUUUGCCUUACAGUAUUAAAGCAGGUGGAAGGACUUCGCAUUUGAAUAAACUGUAAUAUUUUUGCACUGUGAUCCAUCUUAGCUUAGCUGGGCUGACAUGCAGAGAAGGAAAGCACACAACUGUAUAGUUUAGCUCUAUUGAUGAACAACGUGGCCUCGGCCGUGGCCGCUCUGAACUCUUCCACACCCUCUCUGCAAGUGGGAUGGAGAUGAAAGAGAGAUGGGUGAUGUAGUGUCUGAGGGAUUUAGUUUGUCACGGGGGGCAUUUUCUGUUUGAGUUGCUGACUAUUCAGGAGGAAUAGGUUCUAAGAUGCUAGUUCAGGUUAAUCCAGCAUCUUGGUUUUGUUACUAACAUUUGUUUUAUUGUUUUUAUAUAUUAGCUCUGUAUUCGGCUCAAGCUUAGAGAAGUUGGUGAGAGUCUGUGUGUGUGUCGACAGAACGACAGAAAGGUUUAUUUAGUAUUUGAAUGACUCAGGAAGUUUUGAUUGGCUCUUACCUGCUCAUUUUUUAGGCUUGUACCACAGACCUACAUAAAACUGAAUAAGGAAACAAAAACCUAUGUUUCAUAGAGCGGUCGGCUGCUUUGGCAGAUUGUUGUGGACCAGUAUGGUGAUAUCCCAUUACCUGCACCAGGCUUUGCAUGAGAAGUCCCUCUGUGCUCAUGGACCUUGAUGAUCCUUUAAUUAUUCAGUCUUUGUUGUGACAAAAAUACAAUAUUAGCAGUGUAACACUUUGCAUGUUUCUACCUUGGCUCUCGUCUGCAGGUGAUGGAAGGACAAACCCAUUCAAGCCCAUUUCACCCCAACAUAUUUGUGUUGGACGGUUUUGUGUUUUUAUUGUGUGUUAAACUCAAGUUUUUGUGUCACUCACUAUGUGUGUGUUUUUUUAACAAAUGAAUAGUUUCAGUCAAACCAAGCACAAUGAGAUUAUCAGUCAACAAAUGACCUUUGCUUAUGAAUGAUCAGUUAUCCACAGUUCAGCAGCAGCACCAGUGUGAAUGGAUUGAAACUUUUCAUUUGCGCUCCCCUCCCUGAGAUUCAGCCUUCAGUACUAACCCUGCUCUUUGUUUCAGCUAAGCCUUACACUACUCCAUGUUAUGAAUGCACAUUUUUAAAUGCUUUCAUUUAAAACCUGCAUCCUUUUAAUUCGGAAGCCUCUACUAUAUAUGAAACCUCUCUUUGAAAGGUUUGGGCAUGUUAAAAAAGGAUUUGUGAUAUUUAUAACCUGUGGCCAUCGUUGAACUAAUGAAAUCCAAUUAAAGAUAUAUAUAUUUAUUACCA